AAUUUUAUCGAUUACAUCAAAGAUUGUUACCAUAAGUCAUUUAUAUGUCAUAAUGUUUUCAUAAUAAUGAAAAUAAAUCUUAAAAUACUUUGAAUUUCUAAGACAUGUUUGAAAAUUUAAUGUCUUCCUUAACCUACUUCGAACGUUUUUGAACAACUCAGUUCAUCUUCAUUGACUACUAACUUGCAUUGUGAAACAGCCAAAUAUUAAAUAACAACAAUUUUCUCGUUUAAUCGAGAAAAUGUAACAGUUUGGCAAUGUUGUGCGGCUGUGUUUCAUUAUACUGUUUUUCAUUUUGUGAUCACAGUUAAAUAUUCCCCUUGUUCUAUACAGCUGAACUGCAAAAUAGCUCAAAUAUUACAGACGUUUAGGUUGUGCCUUAUGAAUCAAAUCAAGAAUUUCGGAUUUCCGAAUAAUUGUGGAAAGCUAUGUCAGAUAUUUCGCUGCCUAAGUAGCGGUGCUGAGAAUAACAUCCUAAAGUCGAUAAAUAAAGAGUAUCUGUAUAACACAAACGAACUUAAAAAUAUCGAGGAGAACAUUAAGAAGCGAAAAGGUGUGGGAAAUAUAAAACUAGUUGUUGAAUUAAAGAAUAAACUUAGCAAUCUACACCGAAAUGAUCAAAAAUUUGCUGAAAUUACUAAUCAAUUAAUCAAAGAAUUGUUACUGAUUCCAAACAAAACACAUCCAAAUGUUGUCAACAUGGGUAAUAAACCCAAGCAGUUAAGGCAAGUAGGAAAAUUUCCUGAAUUUAAUUUUAAGCCAAAGGAUUUUCAUGAUAUCACAAAGAGACUCAAUAUGGUUAGAACAGAGCAUUUAGGCAACUUAUCUGGAAAUAAAAGUUAUUACUUACUAGGAGAACUUGCAGAAUUAGAGUAUAGCAUUAUAAAAUACUUUACAAACAAUUUAUUAGAAAAUGGUUUUGAAUUGAUAUUAGUACCUGAUAUAUUACCCAGAUCUAUCAUUGAAAACUGUGGUAUGAACACAAGGGGCGAAAGAACACAGGUGUACACUUUAGAUCCUAAUUUACACAAUGCAGACUUAUGUUUAUCAGGUACCUCAGAAAUAGCUUUAGCCGCUUAUCUAGCUGAUACAGUUUUAGAAUAUGGAAAUCUACCUUUAAAAUUGUGUUCAGUUAGUCGGUGCUACCGUGCUGAAACAUCCAGCAUUGCAGAAGAAAGGGGAAUAUUCAGGGUUCAUGAGUUCACAAAAGUGGAGAUGUUUAUUGUCACAAUGCCAGAGCAAUCAGAGGAUGCAUUAGAAGAACUGAGAAAUAACCAAGAAAAAUUGUUUGAAUCUCUUGGUUUGCACUUCAAAGUGCUCGACAUGCCUCCACAUGAACUAGGGGCACAGGCUUAUAGAAAGUAUGACAUUGAAGCAUGGAUGCCUGGAAGAAAUAUGUAUGGUGAAAUUUCCAGCUGCUCUAAUUGUACAGACUUUCAGUCAAGGAGACUGAAUAUUACUUAUAAAAUGCCUGAUGGUUUCGUAGAAUAUGUACAUACCCUAAAUGGAACUGCCUGUGCAAUUCCAAGGUUAUUGAUAGCCUUGGUAGAAACAGGUCAGGACUCAAAAGGUUUCAUUUCUGUUCCUAAUGUGCUGCAGAAGCACAUGAAGGGUAAAAGUGUUAUAGGAAAACAAAAAAAGAUUCCUGAGCUAAAAUUGAUUAAAAAUAAGAAAAAAUGAUUUUUUGUUUUAUUUUGCUGAAAAUAGCCUGAAACUGAAUGAUUUUUUUUAUUUGAGUGCCGAGGUCAAAAAUAUAUUAAAAGAUACUAAAGGGGUAAUAAAUUUGAGUUUUGCAUUUUUUUAGGUCACUUAUGGCAACUGUCAUAUAUAUCAGGAUAUCCUGAAAAAUAAUUUGCUUAUUGGGUACAACUUCUAAUAUAGCUUUUUUUUUACUAGUUCUCUAGGCAUUUUCCAAUUUAUUGUACUUUUUCUUCGCCAAAAAUCAGAGAAGCUUGCAAUUAAUUGCUGUGAA